UCCGUCGUGGCGGAUCCAGCUGCGAUUUGUGCUUGAAUCCCGGCCGACGGCAUGGGUUGGUCUCAGAAUUUGUUCCGCGCCUUAUGGAGAGCGCUGUCAAAGGAAGCGAAGCAGCAAGUAGGCACAGACCAGUUUGGGAACAAAUACUACUAUGUCCCGGAAUACAGGAACUGGAGAGGACAAACUAUUCGAGAGAAAAGAAUUGUAGAAGCAGCAAAUAAAAGAGAAGUAGACUAUGAAGUUGGAGAUAUCCCAACAGAAUGGGAGGCUUGGAUUAGAAAAACAAGAAAGACUCCACCUACUAUGGAGGAAAUACUAAAGAAUGAAAAACAUAGAGAAGAAAUUAAAAUGAAAAAUCAAGAUCUUUAUGAAAAAGAAAAACUCCUUAGCAAAGGGAGCAAUGAAGAACUUUUAUCUCCACCAGUUCAAACUCAGAUCAAAGGGCAUGCCUCUGCUCCCUACUUUGGAAAGGAAGAACCCACCGCGGCUCCCACCAGCACUGGUAAAACCUUUCAGCCAGGAUCCUGGAUGCCACAAGGGGACAGGAACCCCAAUCAAUGAAUAUACUAUGGUAGUAUUUCAUUUGUAUGUAACUUUUUUAACAAUAAAAUAAGUAAAAAAUUACUUUAUUUUCUGACUGUACAGUAAGUAGUUCUCUAAUCCAUUAAGCUUAAGAAUUCAUUUUUAUUAUGCAUAAAAAAUGUGAGAUUAUGAACUAUAGAAACCUUUUUUUUUUAAAGUAAUCUAGGGGCACCUGGGUGGCUUAGUUGGUUAA